UGUCCCCAAAGGAUACCAGGCUUCCCAGGGCUUACCCCAUGAACAAGCCUGAGAACUACCAAGCCAGAACACAGCUGAAUUGGCUCCCAACACCUGAUGGGACACAAACUUGGGAAGAAAGAUGCCACCCCCCUGCACAAACCCCGCAGGCCCUUGGAAACCUUCAAAAAAGUGGGGAUCCCCAUCAUUGCAGUACUAUUGAGCCUAGCAAGCAUCGUGAUUGUGGCUAUCCUCAUCAAGGUGAUUCUGGAUAAAUACUACUUCAUCUGUGGACACCCCCUGACCUUCAUCCCGAGGGAGCAGGAAUGUGACGGCCACCUUGACUGUGCCUCUGGAGAGGAUGAGGACUACUGUGUCAAGAACUUCCCCGAGAGGCCUGCAGUGGCAGUCCGUCUCUCCAAGGACCGAUCCACCCUGCAGGUACUGGACAUGACCACAGGGACCUGGGCCUCUGCCUGUUUCGACAACUUCACAGAAACAUUGGCCAAGACAGCCUGCAGGCAGAUGGGCUAUGACAGCCAACCCACUUUCAGGGCUGUGGAGAUUGGCCAGAACCAGGAUCUGGAUGUCGUUGAAGUCACAGGAAACAACCAGGAGCUUCAGGUGCUGAAUGGAAGUGGGCCCUGCCUCUCAGGCUCCCUGGUUUCCCUGUACUGCCUCGCCUGCGGAAAAAGCCUGAAGACUCCUCGGGUGGUAGGUGGGCAGAAAGCCUCCAUGGAGUCUUGGCCAUGGCAGGUCACCAUCCAGUAUAACAAGCAGCACAUCUGUGGUGGGAGUAUCCUGGACCCCCACUGGAUCCUCACAGCUGCCCAUUGCUUCCGGAAGCAUCUCGAUUUGUCCAACUGGAAAGUGAGGGUCGGCUCAGAAAAAUUGGAUGACUUACUGUCCUUGCCUGUGGCCAAGAUCUUCAUCACUGAGCACAACCCCCUGUACCCCAAAGAAAAGGACAUUGCCCUCGUAAAGCUGAAGUCCCCACUCACAUUCUCAGGCACAGUCAGGCCCAUCUGCCUGCCUUUCUCUGAUGAGGAGCUCAUUCCAGCCACACCGCUCUGGGUCAUUGGAUGGGGCUUUACAGAGCAGAAUGGAGGGAAGAUGUCUGAUAUACUGCUGCAGGCAUCAGUCCAGGUCAUCGACAGCGUGCAUUGCAAUGCAGAAGAUGCAUACCAGGGGGAAGUCACUGCUGAGAUGUUGUGUGCAGGUAUCCCACAUGGUGGUGUGGACACCUGCCAGGUUUGGAGACAGUGUCUGCCUUCUAGGAGCUCCUGAUGGCCAUAGUGAGGAUGCACAAGAAGACAAUCAAGCCAUAGUGUUACUGGGUUUAUAGAGAGUUGGUUUAAAAAAAAAAAACACCCCAAUAGGUGCAUUUUUCACUAUCUGACAUGUUCUUAGUUUGUUUUCUGCUCAUUCAUUGGCUCUGUCAACCUAUUUGAGA